UAGAGAGGGAGGGAAAAGGAGAAGUGGGUUGUGCUUGGGCAUUUGAAAUUCCGUGCUAUUGUGGCUAACUGCAUGUUUUUUUUAUCAAAAGCUAACCACUUUGUUUGUUAGGCAGAUAGAGGGAGAGGGUGUUGCUUCUGGGUCUUCAAGGGUCUCUCAAUGCAACGUCUCUUGAGGAAGCUUCAUGCAGUAAACACAUCAUGGCUUCAACACAUACAAUCCCAGAUAACAAUUGAAGUGUAAGAGAGGUCAGCGCCUCAUUCAGGAGUCAAAAGAACACAUCCUGAUUUUCGUUGGUGUAUUUCAGAUGUGUCCAAAAUGCAACGAUCGUCCUCAAAGGGACUGCACAGAAGCUGUUUCUGUUUCAAACAAAAAGGAGACUCACUAUUCAUGCACCCUAGACUUUCAAAGAACUUGUCAACAAUCAGUUGUCAGCACAAUGUCUGAAAAUCCUGUGCCUACUUUUGUAUACAGCCGAAGGAAAGACAAGGGUAAUUCUGCUGCAGCUCUCAGUACAAUGUCUGAAAUUCCUGUACCUACUUUUGUAUACAGCCGAAGGAAAGAAAAGGGUAAUUCUGCUGCAGCUGUUAGUACAUUGUCUGAAAAUCCAGUGCCUACUUUUGUAUACAGCCGAAGGAAAAAAAAGGGUAAUUCUGCUGGCACUUUCUCUGCAGCAGAUGUUCCUGAAAACUCAAAGAGAAGUGAUUGUCUUUCUGUUGUCAGUUCUGAUGUUCUUUCAAUCACAGCCAAUGAGAUACAUGGAGCUCUCCUAGUUGAACCUGAAACUGAAGGUGUAGGACCUAGUGGGAUGCCUCCUUUACACACUGGACAGCCAUUCUUAUUAAAGACGGUACUUAAUGAGGGAUGUUUAGUUGUGGAGGACCAAGGUUCUGAUAAUGUACUCAAAACUUUGCAGAAAACCGUGGAGGUUGACAGUAUACAUGAUAGUUGUUCAUCAUCAAAAUCAAACAUAGAACUUGCAUUAGAUUCCCUUAAGGGUGAAAUAGAUGACAAUGGUGAUUGCUCCUCAAGCACAAUUGCUCUGGAGUUCAGAAGGGAUGGACUAUCAGAGAGAGAUAUAUGCAUCUCUAUGCUGAGAUGUGCAGAGCUACUUCAACCUAGUGGGACUGCUUUAGUUGGAGACAUUGGGACUGGCAGUGGUAGCAGCUAUACCAGGGCAUGCAAAAUUUGUGCUUGUCAGGAAUCUGCACCAAAUAUGCUAAUUUGUGAUAAUUGUGAAAAUGCAUUUCAUGUGCCUUGUUGCAACCCCCCAAUAAAGGAAAUACCAGAAGAUGAGUGGUUGUGUCAUUCAUGUUUGAGAAAAAAGCAAAAGUUUCUCAAGGAGACAGAUGGCAGUUGUAGAGAAGUGAAAAACAAUCUGAUAUCAUUGAUGUUGAGAGAUGGUGAGCCUUAUAAGAGUAGUGUUGCAGUUGGUAAAGGUUUUCAAGCAGAAGUGCCAGAAUGGUCAGGACCAAUUAAUAACAGUGAUGUUGAUAGAAUUGGUGAACCACUGGAAAUAGAUUCUUCAGACUAUAGUAAUUUGCAUGAUCUGAAUCACAUCAUGCUUCCUAAAUCCAACUCAAUUGGGAACUGGCUUCAGUGCAGAGCUGUCAUAGAAGGCAUAGGAAAAGAUGUUGAUGGAACAAUCUGUGGAAAGUGGCACAGGGCUCCCCUUUAUGAAGAGCAAACCGAUGACUGGGACUGCUUCAGUGCUAUCUUUUGGGAUCCAUACCAUGCUGAUUGUGCUGCACCUCAGGAGCUGGAAACAGAUCAGGUUUUGAAGCAACUUAAAUAUGUGGAGGCGAUGAGAUCUCAGAUAUCUGUUAAACGGCAAAAACUAAGUCACGGCAAGAACCAUACUUGACAAGUUCACAUAAAUGUGACAAGAAAGUGGUUGCAGACCGCUUGAAAUUUUGGUGGGUACCAUGUAACUACAUAGCAUAGGUAAUGUAAGAUGUUUUACAUUUGAAAUACUCAUAGGUCUGGAUUUUGCAAUUAGAUAUCUUCCUAAAUAGUUGUAAUUUUGCUGAAUUGACAAGGUGGCUUCAUGCACCAUGUUUCAUGGUUACUCAAUUAUGCUUUGCUGAAUUAUCUUUUUGACUAGUCACUACCAUCAAAAAGAAAACAAUCUUUCUUGG